AAACAAAAGCGAAGCGAUGUGGCAUCACGAUCUGACGUCACAUCUUAAUCCGCUGGCCGUUUAAGCUCCCGCGAUGAAAAGGGAACAUGGCGGAUGCAAUCCGAAGCUUUGGAUCGAUUUUUUCAUAAAAUCAUUCAUCGUCGAUAUAAAUUAUCGCUGUAAAAUUGAUCCAUCCUAUGUUAACAUCAAUACAAAAAAUAGUUAAAAUUAGCCUUGAGUUCCCCUUUUAAAGAGAAAUGAAUCAUACGCUCGAAGCGAAUUUACUUCUGUCGUAGCUAAAGCUUUGGAUUCCAAUGUUUUGGUAUGAAUGCUUCAACACCUACCCGGUUAACAUUCCGCCUCGCUCAGUCUGGCGAUUUCGAUGCAGUUGUAAAAUUAUCUGAAGGAAUUUACGAUGGACAUGACUAUCUUCCAUUCAAAUUUCACAAAUGGCUUCAGAGAGACAAUUUGGUUGUUCUACUUGCUUAUUCUGGCGACAAACUUGUCGGUUUAACAGCAUGCUUUGUGGUAGAUGAAGGUCGGACAUUUAUCCGUCGAGCGGAACGAAUUCUGGCCGAGCUUCGAGGACAAGGUCUUGUUCGUCAACUGAGAGAAUAUGCAAGAAAAUAUGUCAAAGAACAUUAUCCCAGUGUACAACGAGAACGAUUCACGACUCCUGCGGGUCUUGCAAGUUCUGUGGAUCAAACAGAACUUUUAGAGAUGGGAAUUUUGUCAUACCAAGUUGACAAAACAUUGUCAAGUCAAGAUGCAAUUUCCACGACAAAUGCGGUCGAGAUAGAGAUGUGCUCAAAAGAAUAUUUUUCCAGUGUUAUCCUUUCUAGCCCCGUGAGAGGGGAGCUUUUCCCAGCCAACGUCAUCAUCGUGAAUUGGUGUCCUUUGGAGCUUCUCCGAUCAAAUAUCGAUUACAUGCUACAAGAGAGCGAUGAAACUUUUGUCGAAAAAUGCGCUGGCGAUGCUUCACCAAGAUCGUUUAGCUUUGGGGCUUUUUCGCCGAGAGAAAAAUUCCAGCAAUGGCUGGCUACAUUUUACACCAAAGAUCCUGUCCUUUUUGAAGCGCAUCUCUUGCAUCAGUUGAAGCGUGCCUGUGAAGUAAUCAAUAGUGAUUUUAUUUUUUUGGUUUUUUUUCAAGAAAAAAGCUUAACUCCUUCGGCAAGGAAAAUGAUGGAAGAACAACUGCAAUUGAAAGAGCACGAUUGGCACACGAAAAAGACCAUGAAACUUUUUGAGAGAGUUGUAACUAGCUAACUAAACUGGCGACGUUUCACAAGUCCAGGACAACUAAUUAUAAAACCAAGAGUGACCAGUUAUUAAUUAAUGGGGUCUAUAAAUCUAAGAUCAAGUCUUUGCUGGAAGCGAAAAGAAUCAAAAGAUGCCAGUUUACGAGUCUGGUUUUGACUAGUCCAAGGUUGCCUUGUGUUAUAAAUGUUUGUCGAGGUUAGUCAGUUUUUUAAUUAUUAUUAUUAUUAUUAUUAUUAUUAUUUUUGAGAUGUGAUCAGCCCAUAAACGAUUACUUUUUACUUCAUCGUUCACUGCGAUCCUUAUUACUUUAGAGCCUCCCAGGGAUUUAAGGGAACGAGGCCAGCAACUUAAGCAAUUACUUUUAGGAACAAGGAAGCUAGAAGCGGAUCUAGGAUAAAUGGCGACUGAUUACUAAAACAACAAGCACCAAAUUGCAAGUUUCUAGAGGGGUCCCAGGAAAUGUUUUCAGUGAAUUUCAACUUCUUAAAAUUUACGAGUCAUUCUGAAAAAUCUUUCCGUUUUCCGUAAAACGGUGGAAUCCGUUACUGUUUGUUUUUCCUAUUGGAGGACAAACCGUUGUGCUGUAAUUUCCUUUAUGGACUCUGAUUAUUAAUUCAAUAUUUUUACACUUUAUAUUUCACUGAAUACUCUUUUAAACAACUCGUUAGUGGGUCAAGCCCACCAAUUUAACAAACUCAGCGGGCUUUAAUAGAUUAAGUGAUUUCCUUCGAUCAAAAGAACUUGGAUAUUCCGCCAGUAAUCUCAUUAUCAUCACGAGGUAUUAUCUCCUAUUGUAACUGUCUAGGUUAGUGACGUUUCCGUCAGAUCGUAUUUCAGAACCUCGUGGGUUUUCACUAGUCGUCUGCGUGCAUGGUCCGUGUUUCGCGUUUGCAAAAUUUACUGCGUUUACUGCGAAGUUUUUUGGAUCCUGCGUUUAUAAUUACUCAGGCGUACAGAGAGGACAAUCGGUAAGCAUGUCAGUUUUUACCUCUCUUAGUGCCAUUUCGUCGGUUUUAUUUCUAGUUUAGUUGUUUUGCCGUGUCCUGCGUUCGUGGUUUUAUCAUAUCCAAUUAUUGUUCGACUUUGUCCUUUCGUGUCGCUUUAGACAAGAUAUUUUGCUCGUAUUUUUGUUUGACGGUUUUGAGCGCUGGAGUAUUGUACUAAGGAAAAAUUGUGGGAAAUCAACACGAAGUCGAGUGCUCUUGAUCAGUGCUUCGACGUCCCUAAUUUUUUAAUUCUGAACUUGAGGUAAUCGCUUCCGGUGUUGGUCUUAACACGUCACGCGACUGAAUAUUCCCCAGCUAAAACUGAGGAAUAUCUGAGUGAUAUUCCCCAAUUUUCAGAACCGUCCGUGUUGCGAAAAAUCAUGGUAAUAAACACAAUAGCCUCCAUUUGGCGCGAAAAUAUGCUCGGAUAUUUGUCCCGCUUGGACAUAAUCUGUUCCCUAAAGGUCACAGUUCUCUUCGAGCUACGCUCUCGGAAAACUGUUCUCUUCUCGGAACAGAUAAUGUCUGCAGACAAAUAUCCGAGCAUAAUUUCACGCCAAAUGGAGGCUGUUGUUUAUUUAUCGCAGCUACUAGUCUGUCGAAUUUCAUACAACCUCGUGAGAUUGUCUGGCGAGAAAAUCAUUAAGCUGAUGUUGCCGUUGAUUUGAAGGAACUUCUAUUAUAACGUAAAAGUGAACUGAAAAUGAAACGAAAAAUAAAAGGAAAUUUAACACACUUCCUUUUCCAUAUGUACGUAUGGUACAUUCGGUUCAAACUGAGUAUUUUGUCUUUCUUGCCCAAAUUGCGCAAUAAAUUCAUGUUGUUAUGGCUGCAAACCGCUAUCUUGAUUUAUAGAGUUGUAUCGUUACACGAACCACUGAACCGCGUAAGCAAGUCAACCUCGAGUCACGAGUCACCCUGGAGUCAACCACGAGUCAAGCCAAUUUUUUCCUCUUUUUCUUUUUUACUAUUUUGUCCCGAAAAAAGAAACAGAUUGUAGGAAAUAAAAUAUAUGAAUAUAGAUUGUGUUAGCAUUUAACAACAGGCUCACCUCGAUCGCGCCGCGAGCCUAAUUGCAAACACGGUGGCAAGUCUCGUUAUUUGCUGUGUCCAUUGCAGAUUGUCAAGGUAAGAUUGUCUUAUCCAAAUAGUGAGUGACAUGAAUCUAGUUGACCAUCUACUGACAGAAAAGUUGAACGAUAACUUCCAUGCCACGCGUGCGCGAGCGGUUUGCCUCUUACCGGAAUUUCGUGCCGCGAUUGAGCCAGUUUUUCUGCUAAGACAGUCUACCUUAUUGUAAAUAGAUCACGAAAUUACUUUCUGCCUUAUUUUGGUUUGAGAUUCCUUACAAAUUUCUUGUAAAUCCUAUUGAAAACGUUCUUCGACGAUUCCAUGUGCACAUAUUUUUAGACCUUUUUAAACGAACCGCUUUGAGUUCGUAUAUGUAGCAUUAUCAGCUGAUCUUCAUCAGCCAAUCAGUAAAUAAAGUGCCAAUUUUUUCAUGUUUAUAUUAUUAAA